AAGACAAGACAGGACAAGAGUCAAAAAGUCACUGUCAUCAUCUUUUCCGACGCUGCCGUGAAUUAUUUAAAAAUUUAUAUCUACCUAUAUCAUCCCCCCUGCUGGACCCUUCUCCUCUCUCUUUUUGCUCAACGACCCAUAGCUCUUUGGCCUCCAUCUCCUCUACCUUGACAAACCUUAUACCCAACAUCCACUACUACACACAACAAUAAUAUCAUCAUCAUGUCGAUGGGAAUCAUCACCAUUGUCCAUGCCGUUCUGGCAGUCUUUCUCAUUAUCGAGCUAGGCCUCACAGCUUACAUGGUUGACUUCACCGAUGGCUGGUGGUCCAACUCGCCCGCUUCCUUCGCCUUCUUACUCUUCUGUACCGUCUGGUCCAUUCUCAUGCUUCUCUACCUCGCCUUGACGCCUCUCUUUGCUCCUCGCAUCUACCACAACAUGGUCGCCCUCGGCAUCCUCGCUCUUACCUCGCUCUUCUGGUUUGCCGGCGCUACCGCUGUCGCUGCUCACAUCGGUGUUCCUCACUGCCAUGGAAACACCCAGUGCCAAUCCACCCAGGCUGCUGUCGCAUUCGGUUACUUCAUCUGGGCCAUCUUUACUGGCUUGACCAUCAUGGAGGCUCUUGCUUUCAUGCGAGGCCGUGGCCACACUGCUCACGCUGAUACCAAGCCCGGCCACACCUACGGUGCUUAAAUCAGAUAAUAAUUCAUUGGAGGCGUAAUGAAAAUGAUGUCGACUUGAGGAGGAAAAGAAAUGACGGCGGAGUUUUUUUUUGUUUAUUGGUUGGCUUUUCCUUUUUACCGUCAUGUCAUGUCACGUCAUGGAAACGGCCGCAAGAUACCCUUCUGUCAGAAGUGCCCGUUACAGGUCUACCUUUUUUGUAUUAUACCACAUUGUAUUAAUGUUAUAUUGGUUCAAACGAUAAUGCGGUUGCGACCCUACAAUCCUCGUUGUA